AUGCAGGCCUUACUAUUCCUGAUGGCACUUCUCUUGCCUUCUGGGGCUGGAGCUGAGGAGAUUAUUGGUGGUGUUGAGUGUGAACCACACUCCCGACCUUACAUGGCCUAUGUGAAUACCUUCAGUAAGAAAGGUUAUGUGGCAAUCUGUGGUGGGUUUCUCAUAACGCCCCAAUUUGUGAUGACUGCUGCACACUGCAGAGGAAGAAGAAUGACUGUCACCCUUGGAGCUCAUAAUGUGAGAAAGAGAGAAUGCACACAGCAGAAGAUAAAAGUUGAAAAAUACAUCUUGCCUCCAAAUUACAAUGUAUCUUCCAAGUCCAAUGACAUCGUACUACUGAAGCUUAAAAAGCAAGCUAACUUGACUUCUGCUGUGGAUGUAGUUCCCCUGCCUGGCCACUCUGAUUUUGCCAAGCCUGGGACGAUGUGCUGGGCAGCUGGUUGGGGGCGAACUGGAGUGAAAAAACGUAUCUCACGUACCCUGAGAGAGGUAGAACUGAGAAUCAUGGGGAAAAAGGCCUGUAAAGCAUAUAGGCGUUACAAGGAUAGCCUCCAGAUCUGCGUGGGCAGUCCCAGAAAACUGGCAUCAGUAUACAUGGGAGACUCUGGAGGACCUCUAGUGUGUGCUGGGGUGGCCCAUGGUAUUGUAUCUUAUGGACGCGGAGAUGCAAAGCCCCCUGCAGUCUUCACUCGAAUUUCCCCACAUGUGUCCUGGAUUAACAGAGUCAUAAAGGGCAAGUAG